UGUUUAACUAAGGCGGGGCAAUACCUGGGGUGCCCGUAUAAGGAAGAGCCUAAGGAGAGAAAGCAAGCAGAUGCCAGCGCUGCCAGCACGCCAGCCUGCCGCUUCUCCAAAGAGACUGCCACCCUCCUCCACCAGGCUCCAUCCCACGAAGCUGCUGCUGCCGAGCCUGUGGGACCUGCCCAGUCCUAACUCGGGGAACGCGCCAUUCCAUGUACCUGACUAGGAAACAGGAGAUGCAGCCAGUGACCACCAUCUGGAUCCAACUGGUUUUCAAGCAGCUGAGAAAGAAAAGACCUUAGACGUUUUCCAGGGAGAGUCAUGGCACACAGCCAGGAGCCUCUAGCCAGGACCCCCGUUGUCAAGUUCAAGGGCCAGGACUUUAACUCCUUGCGGGAUCAUUGCCUCAGCAGAGGCCUGCUGUUUGAGGAUGAGACCUUCCCUGCCAAGACUUCUUCCAUAGGUCUGCAGCUGCUCCAGGGACGAAACCUCUUCAGCCUGAAGUGGAAGCGGCCAAAGGAUUUAUCAAAGGGGAUAUCAGAGCCUCACUUCAUCCUGGAAGGUGCAAGCAGAUUUGACAUCCAACAAGGACAGGCAGGAGAUUGCUGGUUCCUGGCAGCACUGGGCUCCUUGACACAGAACCCACAGCAUCUACAGAGGAUCCUGAUGGACCAAAGCUUUUCACACCCGUAUGCAGGAAUUUUCCGUUUUCGGUUCUGGCAAUGUGGCCAAUGGGUGGAAGUAGUGAUUGAUGAUCGCCUGCCAGUCCUGAAUAAGGAUUACCUCUUUGUGCAUCCUCGCAAAAACCAAGAGUUUUGGCCCUGCCUGCUGGAGAAAGCCUACGCCAAGUUUCGAGGGUCCUAUCUCCACCUGCACUAUGGCCACCUCCCUGAUGCCAUGGUGGACCUCACAGGAGGGGUGAUCACCACUGUCAACCUGCACUCCUCCCCUUCCGACCUGGUGAUGAUGGUAAAGAUGGCAGCCAAGGCGGGCUCCCUGAUGACCUGCGCCACCCCAGCAGGACCAACAGGUGAGGCCACGAGAAUGCCAAAUGGCCUGGUGAGUCAGCAUGCCUAUACAGUGACAAGCGCUGAGCGGAUUUGGUACAGGAAUGGCUGGGAAGAUCUUAUCCACCUGUGGAACCCCUGGGGCAACACCGAAUGGAGAGGGCGCUGGAGCGAUGGGUCUCUGGAGUGGCAGGAAAUCCAUAACCAACAGAAAAGCCAGCUGUUUGAGGAGGAUAAAAACGAUGGCGAGUUUUGGAUGUCAUGUCGAGAUUUCCAAGAGAACUUCUCCUGCUUGUUUAUAUGUAACCAAUUUCCAAUCCUCCUGGACCAUGGAAACAUGCCCCAUGAAAGAUGGUCCCAAAACACGUUUAACGACCGUGCAAUUCCAGGCAACACUACAGAAGGACUUCAGAGGGAGACACAAUCCAUCUUCUCUGUGCUCGAGAGCAUGGAAGGAUACAAUGUCGUCAUGUCCUUCAACGUCAAGCCACAAAAUUUAAAGGCAGAAGACGAGAAAUUUCCACUCAGCUUCCAUGUGUUCAAGAUUGACCCUCAGUUCCAGCACUUCAAGAAGUUGCCGCCCACAUUUUUUUCCCGGUUCAGAAAUGCUGACAUUUCUGUCAAAGUUUCUGAAACUAUGUGCAACCUCACGAAGUGCUUCAGUCUGAACCCUGGGACCUAUGUAGUGGCUGCCACUGCACACACAGAAGCAGUUGAUUUCCUGCUCCGAAUCUUCCUGAAAAUGCCAGAUAGUGACAGGCACUUGGGCAGCAAUUUCCAUCUCAGACCAUUGAAGGUGGCCUCCUUCCCCAGAAAUUUGAUGUUGGCUAUUUUCUCUUUGAUCCAGCCAAGUCUUCCAGAAAAUGGCUUCCAACAAAGAAUUUUCUACAAAUAUGCUCAUCAGGGACUGGACAUUGAUGCCACCCAGCUUCAGGGCCUUCUCAACCAGGAAUUCCUGAAAGGACCUCCAGGGGACACUUUCUCCUUGGAUGAGUGCCGGAGCAUCGUAGCCCUGAUGGAUCUGAAAGUGAAUGGGAGGCUUGACCAAGAUGAGUUUUCAAGGCUGUGGAGGCGUCUUGUCCACUACCAGAGUGUUUUCCAGAACACCCAGGAGAACUCUGGAGUUUUCCUGAGCCAGGAUUUGUGGAAGACCAUAAAAGCUACAGACUUUCUUGCAGAGGUCUCCAUCAGCGAUGAGCUGCUGGACCUCAUGGCUCUCCGGUACAGUGACGGUGCUGGCAGGAUCAGCUUCCCCAGCCUGGUCUGCUUCCUGAUGCGGCUUGAAGUCAUGGCAAAGGCUUUCCAGAAGCUAUCCACAGAUGGAGAAGGACUCUACCUGACAAAAAGGGAGUGGAUGAACCUGGUCAUGUACAACUGAGCAAGGGGAAGAGCAGACUCCAGAGUCCAGGACAAGCUCCCAGGGAUUACUCAAGAAUCCAGCUCUCAUUCCAGGAGGCUGUGCUGCCCCUGUGGUUGUGAUACACUGAAUCCUGCCUCAUCUGAAAUGUAGUCAAAGCCGCCUUUGAGGAGCCUCAGCCAGGUCCUCAGAUGGUCAGGAUCUGGUAAGCCUGAGGUUACAGAGCAGGUCAUCUGAGCCCUUUGGGACACCAGCCCGGAAUCCCCUGGAAAAUGAAACAAGAGAUGUUCCACUGUGGGAAAAAAAGGGGAGAAGCUAUAUCUUGCUUCACUGCCACCAGUCCAAUCCAUUUCUUGGAAGAGAAAUGACCACAGGGUGCUGUGUGUCACACAGGAGUGGUCUACUGGGCAUUUGCGGAAUAAUCUUACUCUCCAGUGUCUGAAUUCUGAGUGUUUCACAGCCAAAGGGCAAAAUAAAAUAUGGUUCCCAUAAAGG